ACCCAGGUUACAGUAGCUUUUUGACCAGUUUGGUGUGGUUUUCUUCAACUCUUUUUUUUUUCAGUCUUGCAAUACCUGUCCCUGCCAGUCUUCAAGGGCCCCCCAGUAACAGGUCAGCUCCACUCUAAAGGGGAGGAGCUACUUCCCAGGAUCGCUGCCCAGCAACCCAGCAACCAACAGUGCUGCCCUCCUGGGGACCAAAGAGGACCUUGAUCACUCUGUUGUGUGCCAUGUGAGUGCUAUGUCCAACAGGAUGGCUGGUGGACCCAAGAAAUGUUGGCCUUUGAUUGGAUUCAGUCUUAUCUGUCUUAAAAUGGUUGCUUCAGCAAAAACAGCUCCUGAAAUACCCACUAUUGAUCAGGCCUAUUCCAAAAUCAGCGACAGUAUCACUGUGGAAUGGGCCACAGUGCCAGGGGCCACCAGUUACCUCCUCAUGGCUGAAGAUGGAGACACUGUCAUUGAAACCAUGGUGGCCAAUUCCCCAGGCACUGUGACAGGCCUGAAGGCUGCAACCUUGUACCAACUCACUGUCAGAUCCAUCAGUGCCACUGGGAGAAGCCAGGCAUCGCCUCCGAAGCAGGCAAAGACAGUGUUGGCUGCACCGAUUCUAGAAGUAAGCUCUCCAAGUCCAGACUCUAUCCUUGUGCAGUGGGAAGCUGUAUACAUGGCAAUCGGAUUCUCUGUGUCCAUCAUGCGAGCGAAUGGUUUGGGUAGAAUAUGGAAAGAGAAUACCACAAGCACCUCCUUGACGUUUACCACUUUAGAAGCUGGGACUCUCUACACCAUAAAGGCCUACGCAUGGAAUGCCAAUGGAACACCUGGGGAUGACUCUACCUGCAAUCAGAGAACAAGUCCUCGGGCUCCUGCCAGCAUUCAAGUCUCUUUUGACAGUGGGACUCUGAAGGCCUCUGUUUCAUGGGCCCCAGCAGAAGGAGCUUUCAACUAUACCGUGAUGGCUUGGAGCGACUCUUCAGAGCUGAGCUGCCGUACAACUCUCAACACCUGUACCAUCUCCUCGCUCCAGUGUGGGACUGAGUACCUCAUUUCACUUUUAGCAAGUAAUGAUGCUGGGUCUAGCAAAUCCACUUCCGCGGAGGCCCUGAAAACUGUUGCUUGUGCCCCUGGAAGAGUGACCAUCCGAGAAGAUCCUCCAGGCCACCUGUCUGUGGCUUGGUCCGAAGUAGAUCUGGGCGAUUACUACGUGGCCUUUGUGAAGAGUGAUGAUGGCUUGGAAUUCCACUGCAACACAUCCCUCACCCAGUGCAAUUUCUUAUCUGAAUGUGGCUUCACUUACUUUAUCAGUGUUUUUGCCUAUAACAAGGCAGGGCAGAGUCCUCUGGGCGAUGUGUUCAAUUACACCACAGCUCCCUGUUGUCCUACCGACAUCAACCCUGUGUUGGUGUCCAGUGACAGAGUAGAGAUCGUCUGGUCUCCUGUCCGCGGUGCUGAACUUUAUGAAACCAAGGCUGUAGAUGGGUUCACCGUGGCUGAAUGCAAUGACACCGCUCCUACUUGCACCCUCUCAGCUCUAGAGUGCGACACCAAGUACAACAUCACAGUCUACUCCUUCAACGAAGUCCGGGGCAGCAAUAUGUCCUGUACUUCCCAAUUUAUAACCACAGCUCCUUGCAGUCCUGAGAUAAAAAGCGUUUCGAAGGAUGCAUUCUCCACAAUUAACGUGCACUGGCGACCCACCAAUGAUGAUGCCACUUACGCGGUGACAGCCCAGGGGGAGACAGGGCUGUUUUCGUGCAGCAGCAGGGGAGAGUCCUGCGCCAUGGCGGGCUUGCCCUGUGGCUCGGUGUUCUCCAUCACCGCGGUGGCCGAGACACAGGCCGGCCGGAGCCUGCCCAGCUACAGCGUGCCCCUAGAAACAGCGCCAUGCUGUCCAGCUGGUCUGACAGUAACUCAGGUCACCCAGUCGGUAAUCAAUGUGAGCUGGACUGUUGGGACCGGGGCCCAAACCUAUGUGACAGUUCUGGAGUCGCACACCGGACAGGCGAAGUGUCUCACCCAUCAAAACCAGUGCCUCCUGGGAUGCAUCUCCUGUGGCGUCAAUUACACGGUGGCAUUAAAAGCGAUUAGUGCCACUGGGUUGACUGCAGACUGCACCUACCAAAGUUAUUCCUCCAGUGCCUGCUGCCCUUUGGGAGUGAAAUUAUACAGGCUGGGCCCUAAUGGCAUUCGGAUCUACUGGCAAGCCUCCAGGGGCUCUGUCAAUUACAGCACUGACCUCCAUGGUUCCAAAGGCAUUUUCACGUGCGCCCCAAGCGCUGGCCUCAGUUUUUGUGAUGUCACCGAGAUACCCUGUGGGGAUGUAUAUACCGUGAUGGUCUCACCAGUUGCUGAGACAGGACUGAAGCUUACUUUCUGCCCCCAAAAAAUAUAUUCAGGUAGAUCAAGUUACAACCCUUUAUUUAAAACUAACUCUGAACUCAGUCUGUGAGUUAAGACUCAGAGCAAUCACACUUAUUUGCUAUGUAGGAAGGUCAAAAAGGUGGGAACUUUUGACAUCCUGCGGGUGGAUUCUGGCUAUGGGGACCUCAAGCUUCUUUGGAAUUGUGAUGCUUUCUUAUGUGAUUCGGAGACACUCCUCUCUCAGCUGUCCCUUUCUUUUUCAGAAAACGGACCAGAUGCUUGCUGUUUAAAUAGUAAAGCAGAUUUAAAAUGAUCUUCUGCUUUGAGAUUUCGGAAUAGAUUUUUAACAUAGUCUCAGAGAUAAUGAAAGACACCCUGAAAUAUUGGAAAUUAAGAGACUUGAAUCUUUGUUUGCACAAGUUCAGACUUAUGACUGAGGAGAAGUCGGAGGAUCAGGAAAAAAAUGAAUUUAUAAAUCAUAAGCUAGGUUUGGAAAUAUGAGUGGGCAGGCAGUCUGUGAUCACAAAACAAGACUGUCAGCAACUGCCAUCUCACCAGAGCUGGUGGAGAAACAUUAGCAGUUCUCCUGCUCUGUAUACCAGCUCCUUCUGCUACCUUGCCCAGGGCACAGUCAUAUAUUUUUUCAUACAUUUCUAAAAAAAAUUUUUAAAGAAAAGAGAUGAUAAG